CGGAGUAAGUAGCAUUUUGAUCGAGUAGAGAAACACACAAAAAAAUGGAUUCAAAAAAAGAGGCAAAAGAGCUACUAAAUUCUCUAACUCACAUUUGGAACCAUGUUUUUUCAUUCCAAAACUCCAUGGCUUUAAAAUGUGCAAUUCAAUUAGGCAUUCCAGAUGCAAUUCAUAAACAUGGUAAACCCAUGACUCUUAUUGACUUAGCCAAUUCCCUUUCAAUCCAUCCAACCAAGGUUCCUUUCCUACAUCACUUGAUGCGCCUUCUUGUUCACUCCAACUUCUUCUCCACAACCACUAAACAUUUAGUCGAAAAUGGAGAAGAUGAUACUACAACAUUAUUAUUUGAUCUAACCCUAAACUCACAACUUCUCUUGAAAGAUCACCCCCUAACUCAAGUACCCUUUGCACUUUUGGAAAUGGAUCCUAUCAUAACCGAGCCGUCGCACCAUUUUGGCUUAUGGUUUAUGAACCAAGAUGAGUCUCCUUUUCACAUUGCUCAAGGAAGUCAUCUAUAUGAACGUAUGCCUAGCGUCUCGAAGUUCAAUGUUUUCUUUAACCAAGCCAUGGCUAGUGAUGCUCGGUUAGUCUCGGCCUUGUUGGUGACUACUACUGAGUUCAAAGGCUUACUCGAAGGGGUUGGAACGUUGGUAGAUGUUGGUGGAGGUGAUGGGACGUUGGCUAAGGCAAUUGCUGAAGCUUAUCCUAUGAUGAAUUGUGUUGUGUUUGAUCUACUACAUGUUGUUGAUGGGUUACAAGGAAAUGGAAGGAACUUGACUUAUGUUGCGGGUGACAUGUUUGAGGUCAUUCCUCGUGCUCAUGCGAUUAUACUCAAGUGGAUAAUGCACAAUUGGAGUGAUGAUAAUUGCAUUAAGGUACUUAAGCGAUGUAAAGAAUCAAUUCCGAGCAAAGACGAAGGAGGUAAGUUGCUGAUCAUAGAAAUGGUGGUGGGAAUUUCAAGUGACAAUGUAAAUCACUCUCAAUCCCAAUUCCUAAUGGAUAUGCAAAUGGUGUCAGUCUUGGGGGCUAAAGAAAGAACUGAACAACAAUGGAAACAUCUCUUCAUCAAUUCCGGCUUCGGUGACUAUAAAAUAUUACCGAUUCUAGGGUCCAGGUCUGUUAUCGAGGUUUACCCUGCAUGAACCUUAAACCCAGCAACACAGCAAGCAACAAUGGAGUGCUCAACAUUUCAAGAAACUUAAUUUCCUUGCUUUCAAUUUGUAUUAGCAAAUCUACAAGUCAAAGUCUUAAUAAAAAAAAAAUCAUUU